GAAUCGAGAUUAAAUCCUAGCAGCCGCGAUCUUCCAGAUGUACCAACGGAUGGCUCAACCUCAAAUCUCCGCUUCCAAGGGGAUUUAGAAGGUGAAUAUGAUGGACCUCCACCGCAAUACAUCCCCGUUACAGUUCUGGAGGACGUUCAACCCAUUCGCUCUGUCGCAUUUCAUCCUCUCGGCUCCUUCUACGUCGUUGGAUCUAAUUCUAAGACGCUUCGCAUAUGUCGCUUUCCGGAUAUCAGCGAUCUGCAGUCUACCCACGAAGCUACAUACCCUGCGAUAAUUCUUCAGCGGCACAAAUACCAUCGUGGAAGUAUCUACUGCGCAGCGUGGAGUGGUGACGGACGAGUGAUCGCAACAGGCUCCAAUGAUACUGCGGUGCAUCUCCUUAGAGUUGAUCCUGAGUUUGGUCUUCCUACGAACAGUGUGGAAGAUAGUUACAUUCAACUUACUCAUCAUGAUGGAACUGUUCGAGAUAUUGCUUUUAUGAUGAACUCCUAUUCUAAAGAUUCUGCAGGUUCACCAACCAAUGGCCACAGUUCUCCCCCUCCUUCUCUUCUCUCCGGCUCUCCAGGUUACCUCCUUACUGCGGGAGCAGGGGACUGUCGGAUUUACGUGAUUGACGUCGAACGAGCUGGGAUGUUGUCUUCAGCCGCCACUGUUGGUGGUAGUGGAUCCAAUUGUCUGCGCCUCAAGUCCUCUUCUGCAGCAACUGUUCGUGCGUUGUCUGGCCACUCAGGCACUGUCUUCGCUCUGUCUGUCUGGGCACCCGGAUCACUGUUUGUCUCUGCGUCUGCUGAUGCUACAGCUCGGUUGUGGGAUAUCAGGGCUCCAGCACCUGUGCUUAUUAUACCAUCUUACUCUGGAGCUCAGGGAAGCGCUUUUGCUUCAGUGAGCAUGGAAGCGGGCGGAAAUGUGCUUGCGAGUGGUCAUGAAGAUGCCACUGUCUCUCUCUUUGAUAUUCGAGGUGCGAGGUACAUCUCCGCCUAUCGACCUCACUCGAAUGAGAUACGCUCCGUUCGAUUUGCACCUUCGGACUACUACCUCCUCUCCGCCAGCUAUGACAAACAUGUCGUCAUCACUGAUCUCCAUGGUGACCUUUCGCAACCUCUUGCCUGUGUACAAGUGGCACACCACAAAGACAAGGUGAUUCAAGCGCGCUGGCAUCCGGAACAACUCUCCUUUAUCACAACCAGUGCCGAUAAGAGCUGUGUUUGUUGGGCUCUGCCUACUGUCUAA